CAGAGCUCCGGGACCGAGAUGAACACCACGACACACAGCAACUGGUCUUCUCCCGCCCCGGAAAAGCUCCUGACAUCCAGCAUGGUUGCUACCUCAUUCCAUUUCUUCUUUCCACCGAUGGCCUCCAGCUAUUUAAUUGUGGAGGACGGUUCCCAGCUAAGGGCUGAUCAGAAUCACUCCCAGGAGACCCAGUCCCUCUUUUUGACUACAUCCACGGCAAAAACCAUCUCAGGUCUCUUUGUCUGGACAGCGCUGAUCCUUACUUUCCACCAGAUCUUCCUGCACCUGAAAAAUUACACCAUUCCCAAUGAGCAGCGCUACAUCAUCCGGAUUCUCUUUAUCGUCCCCAUUUAUGCCUUCGAUUCCUGGCUUAGUCUCCUGCUUAUUGGCAGCCACCAGUACUAUGUUUACUUCGACUCGGUGCGGGACUGCUACGAAGCAUUUGUGAUUUACAGCUUCCUGAGCCUCUGCUUUGAAUAUCUUGGAGGGGAAAGUACCAUCAUGGCGGAAAUCCGAGGGAAGCCCAUUGUCUCUAGUUGUCUCUAUGGAACUUGCUGUCUCCGAGGGAUGUCUUACUCCAUUGGGUUUCUUCGGUUUUGCAAGCAGGCCACCUUGCAGUUCUGCAUCAUCAAGCCGGUCGUGGCUAUCCUCACCAUCGUUCUCCAAGUGUUUGGGAAAUACCACGAUGGCGAUUUCAACAUCCAUAGUGGAUACCUUUAUAUUACCAUCAUCUACAACUUCUCGGUCAGCUUGGCUCUCUAUGCCCUGUUCCUCUUCUACUUCGCCACCAUGGAGCUUCUGAGACCUUUUGAGCCAGUCCUGAAGUUUCUCACCAUCAAGGCUGUCAUCUUCCUCUCCUUUUGGCAAGGGAUGUUGCUGGCCAUCUUAGAGAAAUGUGGGGUCAUCCCAGAGGUUCAGAUCAUUGACGGGAAGGCGGUGGGAGCUGGCACUGUUGCGGCCGGCUACCAGAACUUCAUUAUCUGUAUCGAGAUGCUGUUUGCUUCCAUCGCUCUCCGUUAUGCUUUCACCUGUCAGGUAUACCAAGAGAAAAAGGAAAGCGCCACAGCAGGUCUGGCCCCAUUGCAAAGCAUUUCCAGCGGGCUGAAGGAAACGAUGAGUCCUCAAGACAUCGUUCAAGACGCCAUCCACAAUUUCUCCCCAACCUACCAACAAUACACGCAGCAGUCCAUGCAGGAGACAGGAGCGGGGCUUGGACAGAACGGCCACGUGAGCCCUCCAGUAGAUACCUCACAGAGCAAGAAGAAGAAGAGCCUUGAGAAACGGAUGCUGAUCACCUCUGAUGACGAGUUGUAAAGAGGCACAUUGAAGGAAGGAGAAUUUGUGUUUUUGAGGUCUUCUUGCCUCUCUCCAGCCCGACAGCUGUCAAUCGAAUCACACUACGUUGUUGAACACAGCAAUGGAGGCGUCUCGUUCUUGUUCUCAGCUGGCUAUCGAGGGAAGACCCUACCUAGGGUGACUUCCCAGAUACAGCCAGGCCUAUCCUACUUGUUUGUUGCUGUGGCAAACACAUCCAAGAGAUUUUGAUGCACUUGUUGCUGGUCCAAACACCCGGCAGCCUGGAAGGCUGAGGGAAACAGAAUUUCUCAGUGGACACAGCUCCUCACAUUCCCAAUGCAUGGAAAUAAUGCUGAUUAUUGGCAGAGAAGGAACAAGGGAAUGUAGGGACGGACGGAAUUGGAUGAAAUCAACAUUUUCAUCCAGCAAUUGUAGCUCAGUCCCACUGAAACUGGAUUCCCAUAGUUAUCAUCCUUUUUUGUGGAUCCAAUCCACUGGGUCGAGAAUCAAUAGCUCAGAGCCCCGGAGAAAUAAAAGCACUUUUCUUCUUUCCAACACAAGGUGCGGCAACAGGGUGAGGAAUUAUAGCACUAGAUUCCUUUAUGAACUUGCAUUGAGGCUGCAAAGCGUCUGAUCCUAGAAUGCACCUUGGAUGUCAGAGGAGUUGUGACUUAAUCUUGAAAGAAGAGGUGCUGCAUUACAUUGAAAGCUCUUUUGGUGAACCACUUCAGUGGAAUAGGUGACGAUCAGGACAUCUGCUUUUCGAAUGACUGAAAAACCACGUCAGCAGAAAUACAGUUUAGCAUAUGCACCUCUAGGCCACCGCACCACUCGAGAUAAUUGAGGGGAAUAUUAAGGCAAAAUCAGAACCAAUUAAAAUUCUUCCAGGGGAGAUUUGUUUCUGAACACCUAUAUGGCAGGUUCACAUAGGAUGAAGCAGGUUUCUCCCGGAUGGUUUUGGACGUCAUCUCCCAUUCUUUCCAACCAGCACAACUUUGGAGUAAAGGCUGAAGUGUGUUAAGAGGUUCUCUGUGGCUGGUGUACUUCCCCAUGGCAGGGCUGUGUUGAUCUAUUGUACUUCUUCCUAACUGGAGGGUCCAGGUUCCCGAGUGAUGGCUAUGAAUCUUGUGUCAAU